AUGAAAGACAAAGCAAGAGAUGCUGAUGGUGUUAUUACUCGUUUACAAGGAAAAAAGAAAACGACCGAACUGAAAGUCACCGAACAACGCAGACAAAUCGAACAAAUGAAGAGAAAAGAAAGUCAAUUGAAAGAAUCGUUUGGAAAUCAAAAGAAAGACAAAGAAUUUAGAGCAGAUCAACGCUCUGAAUUGAAGUGUUUGAAGAGAGAUACUGAAUGUCUUACAAAAAAAUUGAAUGCUUUCAUUGAAACUAAAAGACGUCGUCAUCAAGAAGACUUACAUAAUGUGUUACAACAACAAAAGAAAUCACGUCACUACUAA